AUGAAAGCCGAGGGUGGGGGAGAUGAAGGCGAGAAGGAGGCUUCUUCGCCGCCGCCACCGCCACCGCCGCCGCCGGAGGAGAUCGUCAUCCGCGUCUACAUGCAUUGCGAGGGCUGCGCCCGCACGGUCAGGCGCUCGCUCAAAGGCUUUGAAGGUUGAACCCAUCUUCUCCCUCAUUCGAGGCUUUUCUCUUCUGGAUUCAAUGGGCUCAAUCGACCGAUUCACAGGUGUGGAGGACGUGAAGACGGACUGCCAGACCCACGAGGUGGUGGUGAAAGGGAAGGUAGCGGCGGCGGAUCCGCUCAAGGUGGUGGAUAGGGUGCAGCGGAAGAGCCGAAGGAAGGUGGAGCUGCUGACGCCCAUCCCUCCGAAGCCGGAGAAGGAGGCGGAGAAGAAAGAGGAGGAGAAGCCCAAGCCGGAGGAGAAGAAGGAAGAGGUCAACGAUAGAUCUUCGUCUCCACCUCCCCCUUCAUUCUAAUAUUGUCACAGUAAGAGAGAAGUCUUCUAGCUUCCGUCGAUCUAACCUGGUGUGUGUCUGUGUGUCGAUCCUUCGCCAGGCUCCUCCGGUAAUGGCGGUGGUGUUGAAGGUCCACAUGCACUGCGAGGCGUGCUCACUGGAGAUCAAGAAAAGGAUCCUCAAGAUGAAAGGUCUUCUUCGUCAUUUAAUUCCCCGAUAUCAAUUAAAUAUUUUCUGCGGCACAUCAAUCAUUCUAGUUGCCUUGGGGGAGGGCGGGUGAAUGAUUUUCUGAGCCGCCGAGUAAAUGGGGAAGUUAUGAGCUGUCGCAGGUGUGCAGGCGGCGGAGCCGGACGUGAAGAACUCGCAGGUGACGGUGAAGGGGCUGUUCGAGCCGGCGAAGCUGGUGGAGUACGUUUACAAACGAACGGGGAAGCAUGCGGUGGUGGUGAAGGCGGAGCCCGCGGAGAAGAAGCCGGAGAAGGACGGCAAAGACCAGGGGAAGGAGAAGAAGGCCGACGGCGGGGGCACCACUGGCGAUGUGGAGAAGAAAGACGGCAGCGCCGCCCAGACGGAGAAGGAGACUAAGGAGGGCGCCGUCGUCAGGCUCGCGGAGGUCACCAAGAACCCGUUCCAGUACUACUACCCGAGAUACCAGAUGGAGUACGCUUACCCGCCGCAGAUCUUCAGCGACGAGAAUCCAAACGCUUGUUCUGUCAUGUGA